AUGGUAGCCAACUAUGGAGCUGGCUACUCUACUACUACGGUAGCCAACUAUGGAGUUGGCUACUCUACUACUAUGGUAGCCAACUAUGGAAUUGGCUACUCUACUACUAUGGUAGCCAACUAUGGAGUUGGCUACUCUACUACUAUGGUAGCCAACUAUGGAGUUGGCUACUUUACUACUAUGGUAGCCAACUAUGGAGUUGGCUACUCUACUACUAUGGUAGUCAACUAUGGAGUUGGUUACUCUACUACUAUGGUAGUCAACUAUGGAGUUGGCUACUCUACUACUAUGGUAGUCAACUAUGGAGUUGGCUACUCUACUACUAUGGUAGUCAACUAUGGAGUUGGCUUAACUAUGGAUUUUCCGACCAUGGUGGCAUUGGAAGGUUUCAAAUCCUCAUCCAUCCAAGGAUAUUUUUAA